GGUAAAAAUAUUGACAGCUAUGAUGAUGGAUUGCUUGAAUUAGAGCAAUCUUCAAUGUCUCAACCUAUCUCUGAGGAUAAUCUUGGUUACCGCCUUCUUGAAAAACAUGGAUGGAAGAGUGGUAAAGGCUUGGGACGUGCUGAACAAGGUAAGAGCUUAUUUCAUGAGAUUUAAAUGAUAAUAAUAUCUACGAGUGAAUUCUGUUCCUGUUUCCCCUCCAUGACAAAGAAAAUUGGGUAAGUAGUAGCAAGGUAAGUAGUUUUAUAAUAAUAAUAAGGCUUAUUUUACACCUGAAUUAUCUGAAGGCUUUUCAAGAAGUUCUGGCAAGUCAUUCACAUUUUUGACUUUUCUACAGGUUUUUGGUCAUACUCUGUGUUGCAAUUGAGGCAGCACAGGCAAGAAUUAAUGUCCAACAUCUGGCCAUGGACCAUGUAGUUAGCAAAGGGUGUUCCUCGCUUUAUGCAAGCAUUUUGAAAUUGCUGAUAACAUGCAUAUGAUAGGGAAAUACCUGCAAAAGAGCCUGUGGUAAUAAUCAAUAAACAAAAAUGUAUUCACUUAUUUUAAAUUUUAAUAUUACAAAAAUGAUUGAAAUGCUAUUGAGAAUUAAUUUGCUGAUAAUUUCAUAAAAAAUAAAUUAAAUAAUAACAUCUUUUUUAAGAUGAGUUAAUUUAUUCCAUUUUAUCUAUAAAAUUGAAAUUCAAAAGUAAUUUUAAAGAUUUUAAUAAACCAUUCCCCUUGCUUAUAAGCUGUGGUAGUUAUGAAACUGAUGCCUGUGCUGCAUUGCUGUUUUGUUCUGAUUUUAAGUUCAUUACUCUGUCCACAGUGGAUUAUUGAAUGGAGUAUGACUGCAGAGAAGCCAGAAACUGGGUUGAGCUGGAACGUUAUAAUGGAUUACCUCAUUCUAUAGAACCUGCAUAAUAUCUGUUGUGGUUACUUCUUUAAAUCACUUUUGUUAUUGGAAGUGUUAGACCUGAAUCCUCAGGUGCUAGAUGAUGGUUUUAGAAGAGACUUUAACUUGAUGGAAUUGCAAAAUUAAUCAUCACAAGUUUUUAUUUUAUUUUUACGUCAAAACAUAAUGGAUUAAUUACAACUUAUUUGAAGCCUUUAGAUAUUAAGAAAAUAGGUCGUCUGGAUCCCUUGCCAAUAAUAGUGAAAGAAGACAUUAUGGGUUUUGGAAGAUGGGAAAUGGAGAUGGAUUAUGCUGAAGAAACAACAGAAAAAAGACGAGUAUUAGAAAUUGAAAAAGAAGAUACAGAAGAACUUAGACAGAAAUAUAAGGCCAAUCAAGAAAAACAAAAGGCUGUUCAAGAAGCUUUAGCAACGCUGAAAGCAAAUUUUUAUUGUGAAUUAUGUGACAAACAAUAUCAUAAACAUCAAGAAUUUGAUAAUCACAUCAACUCAUAUGAUCAUGCCCAUAAACAGAGGUUAAAAGAACUUAAACAAAGAGAAUUUGGACGAAAUGUUGCAUCAAAGUGGCGAAAAGAAGAUAAAAAAAGAGAGAAAGAAAUUAAAAGGCUUCAUGAAUUAGCUGAAAUAAGAGCUCAAGCAGCAGAAAUUAGAGGUCCUAUUGAAAUGGGAACUGGAGAGAAAUUUAUACCAGGAUUCAAAGCAAUUGAUGUUGAUGAAACAUCAGAAGAACCUUUGCCUCCUGGUGAAGAUACAUUUUCCAUCACUGAAAGUAAUGAUGAAGGUGAUGGCAAUGAAGAAAAUGUUACUAUUGAAGAAAAUACCAUUGUUGAUGAUAUUUUUCAAGAAGUUUCUGCUGAAAAUGUUUCUUCUCCAUUAUCAACAGAGAAAGAAGAAAAAGAAAAAAGUGAUUUUGAAAAUAGUGAAAGAGAAUCAUCAGAAGAUGAAAUCAAUGUAACAGAAUUUUCUGAUGAGAAAAGUUUUAGUGAGUCAGAGGAAUUAAGUUCUUCCUAUGAAAAUAAAUCAAGUUAUAAAACAAUAUUUUUUACCAGAAAUGAUGUUAAUUUGCCACCACUUCCUUCAGAUUCACCUCAGCCACUUAGUCCUGAAUCACCUGAACCUGCUAUUCUUCCAGAAUCACCUCUGUUAUAUACUCUUCCAGAUUCUCAACCAAUGCUUCCUCCAGUUUCUUCUGAUCAAAUUGAAGUGAAUUUUCCCACUUCCCCAGAAAAAAAGGACUCACCUAAUGAAAUAUCAAUUAAUGAAAGUGUAAAUUAUUCUUCACCUUGUACUACUGAAGAAAAUAAGAUUGAUAGUAAAAAUUUAUCAAAAUCAAAGGCUUUAUUGGGUAAAGCUUUGGCUAAAAAAAGGUUGUUGGCAUUCACUCAAACACUUGCACCUCAUAAGAUGAAAGAUGUUUUAGCUGCUGAAGACAAAGAUCUGUCUAAAUCAAGUGGUUUAUCUUUCAGUUUCUCAAAGAAGGCAAAUAAAUUGCAAACACAGACUGAUUCUUUAUUCCAGGAUGAAGAAAUACAUAGUCAUACUGAUAGUGAUGAUGAUGAUGGUCAUCAAGAAUCUGAGAAAAAAAGUGUAGAAAGUUCAGACGAUCAGAAAACAUCUAAAUCGAAAUCUGAAAAAGAUAAAGAAAUGUAUCAUAUUCAACCACCAGAAAGUUGUUCAAUAAAACCAAAAUUUGACUUUGUACGUUUUGUAAAAGCUAAUAUUUUACAAAAAUCUGAAGAUUCUAAAUCAUCAAAAGAUUCUAAACAUAAACAUGAUAAAAGUACAAAAGAUUCAAGGAAAGAAAGAAAAGAUUAUGAAUCAUCUUCAAGAAAACAUAAAGAUACUGAAUCAUCAAAACAUUUAGAUAGGAAAUAUGAUGACCGUGAAAGAUAUAAAUCAGACAAGAGGAAAGAUGAGCGAGAUUACUCUAGAUCAUAUUCCUCUAGUGAUUAUUAUUAUGAAAAUAAGAGUAGAGACAGGAGUGGUCAUAAAAGAAGUCGUGAAAGAAGUAGAAGUAGAAGUCCUUCUCGUAAAAGGCAUUCAAACUAUCAAAGUGAUCGACAUAGCUACAAGAAGAGAACUGAACAUUCACACAGGGAAUCAAAAUCCAAACAUUCAAGUAAAUAUUCUCCCAAAGAACAUAGAAGUGAGAAAAAAGUGGAAAUAAAGUGUGAAACUGUUGAGAAUAUAGAAUAUAAAGAUAGUUCAAAAAUGUGUAAAAAUGAUGAUUGUGAAGAGAGAGAUAAUCCUGAAGAUAUUAAAUUAAAACAAGAAGAUUGUGAGCAAUUGCAUUGUACAAAAUAUGAAUUAUUAAAUGAUAAAACACAUCCUAAAUCAUGUAAAUCACAUUCAAUUAAAGAAGAAGUUGAAAAUAUAGAAAUAUCUAGAGAGACAGAAUCGCAGAAUGAAGAUGAUUCUUUUGAUGAUGCUCAAAACCAAUAUACAUGUGAUGAAAUAAAAGAAAACACUCAAGACUUGCCUGUUUCAUCAGAUGAUGAAGCUUCACAAGAUCAUUCUGAAGAAAUAAUUGAUUCACAAGCUGUAAAUAAGACAAUAGAAGAAAAUAUGGAUAAUUUGUCAGAUAUUCAACAAAAUAAUAGUGAUGCUAUAGAAAAAAAACAGACUGAAGUAUAUGUUGAAUUUGAAAGCUUAGAAAAAUCAACUACCAUAAGCAAUGAAAAUGCAGAAUGUUUAGUAGAAGAAUCUCAAGAUAAAGAUAUAUCAAUGUUAAGUUUUAAAAAAUAUGAAAGUACUAAUAGUGAUUCUGAAGGUGAAUAUGGAUCUCAAUGUCUGAAAUCUAGUCAAAUAGUAGAAAAUGAUGAUAUGGAAAUUGAUUGUGAUAAUAUUAAAAAAUCUGUUGAUGAAUACCAUCAAGAAAAAGAUUUUGCUGAUGAAAAUGAAAAUUAUACCAAUGUCAGUGGUAAAGAUAAAACACAAGAAGAUGAAAUAGAUGAAUGCUAUGAAGAAUUUGAAAACAAAAAAUAUUCAGAAGUUUCAAAAACUAGACAGGAAAAGCAAAAUAUUGAAAAAGAACCAAAUGAGUUGUCCAAAACAAAAAAUUGUGUCGAAACACACAAUAAUGCUGAUAAUAAUUCUGAAAAGGUAGUAGAAAAAACUGAAGAGGAUAGUAGUGGUAGUGAAAGUGAUAGCAGUAGUAGCAGCAGUUGUAGUAGUAGCAGCAGUUCAAGCAAUUCAUAUAGUGCUACAAGUAGUAGCAGUAGUAGUAGUGAUAGCAGCAGUAGCAGCAGUGGCAGUGAUAGUAGUAGCAGUAAUAGUAGUAGUUCUGAUGAAGAAGAAAAAUCAAAUGAAAUUCUUCAAGUACAAGAAAAGAAAGAGAAUAAAACCAUCUCUUCAGUAAAAGAAUAUAAAACAGAUCCUAAAUUGGAUAGUGAGCAAAAACAUUUUUCAAGUAGUAGAGAAGGCAGUCCUCUUGAACAGUUAUCUAAAAGAAAGCAGUCUAACCUUCCAGAAACUUCUUCACCUAAAAAGAUACAUAAGAAAACUAAAUACAGUUUAGAUGAAGAAGAAAUGAAUUCUGUAGAUCAAAAAGAAAAGCAAAUAAUUAAACCUAAAGAAAGCAGAAUUAAUUCAAGAAAUGAAUCAGAUGUAGAAAUUAAGCAUAAUGAAGAGUCGGAAAAAAAUUUAAAGAAAAGUAAUGAUAUUCAGUUAGAAUUAGCAAAUAAAACAAAAGAGAAAAAAUAUAGUGACAAGAAACCAGAAAAGCAAUAUUCUGAUGAAAAAAGUAAGUAUCAAGAAAGAUGCAGUUCAGAUAAAAAUUAUCAUGCAGAACAUUCAAGAGAACUAUCACCUGUAUACUCACCAAAGUCACGAAGAGAAUUCAAAAGUUACAGAAGUGCAUAUAAAGAAAAUAGAUAUGAUGAGUCAUCUUAUAAAUAUAAAUCACAGUCAAGAAAUAGAAAAGAUUACAUAAAUGUAAUAGGUCGAAAUAAAAGAAUUAUUAGAUGGCCAAUUGAAUUUGUUAAGUAUACACACAAAAGACCAUCCAUUUCUUAUUGUUGUAAUUUAAGAUAUUGUAGAUCACACAAAAAGUCACAUAAUUAUUCACCACCAAGACAAAAGAAAUUUAGAAGCCCAAAUGAUUCACCUAACUUGAAAGAAAUGAGUGGUUUACAAGCUUUACAGUCAUGUUACAGUUAUGGAGAAAGUCCUCAUACUCAAAGAAGUGUAACAGAAUCAUCUCCAGAAGAAAAGAAAAAGAUCACUGAACAGCAACAGCAUAAACAAGAACAGCAGCAACAGAAUCAGAAACAGCAAGAAAAACCAGCAUUGUCGCCUAUUUCAAAAGCAGGUAAUGACGAGAAUGUGAAAACUACCCAGAAUAUGCCACCAACUGUAAAAUCAAAAUGGGAUACUGAUUCUGCUUCAGAUGAUGAUGAAUGGCAAGCUAUAAAAAGAGUACAUAACAGUCCAUUGAAAACAGAGGAAAAUACAUUAGAGGCUAUAGAUAAAAAAGAAGGUGUUGCUUCAGAUGAACAAAAUUCAAUUAAUGAGAUAACUAAAAGUUUAGGUGGUGAUGAUGACAAUGACGAUAAAGAAUUGGAAAAGGUAGAAAAUAUGGAGGAAAAUUUAAAGUUAAUGGACGAAGAAGAAAAAGAAGUAGAAGCACCAGUGGACGAUAGCAAGAAUUUAAUUUCUGAAUAUGAUAAAUUCAUGGAGCAGUUAAACUUAGUGCCUGUAAAGACUUUAAGUAAAGAUGCAGAAGAAAAUGAAUUUACAUCACAAGUUGAUGAAUCACAACAAUCAAUGAUUUUCCAAAAUAAUAAUAAUAAUAAUAAUGUAUGCAAUAAAGAAAAUGCAUUUUUAUCAUCACAAGUUAAUAUUGAUGAUUAUAAUUCUAACAUUGACAACUGUUACAUUACUGAUAGUCAGAUCAGUAAUGAUAUAUGUCAGUUUUCUAUAAAUAAACAAAAUAAUGAGGAACUGAAGGAAAGUGAAAAGUUAAAAGAUGAAGAAAGUAAUGCAAUAAAUAAUUCUGAAUCAUUUAAGUCUGCAUGUUUAAAAGAGAAUUUCAAUGAAAAGAGUGAAGAAUCUAAUUUAGUUAAUGUACCUCUGAAAAUGAUACAAGAAAAUUCUAAUGCAACAAAACUUGAAAGCAUAAACAAACAAAUUGAUGAUGAUGAUAAAGGCAAUAAUGAUUACAAUGGUAUUUAUUCAUUGAAAGAUAAUUCUACCAAGAUAAAAGAAACUGAAAAAUCCACAGAAAACUACAGUGAAGAUUAUCAUUGUAAAUUUUCUGCUGCUACUGACAAGAUUUGUAGUAAGGAUGAAAAUGAAAAUUUUGAAACAUAUAAAGAACAUGCACAUUUUCAGUAUAUUGAAGAUUCUAGUACUUCAUCCUUAGUUGAAAGUAGUGUUGAUAAUGUUUCAACUACAGAUAUAUAUCAAUUUAAAACAGCAUCUGAUGAUUUUAAAACAGGUUCUGAUGAUUCGUUUGUUCAAAUGCAAGAUAGUAAUAGUUUAACAACAGAUUCUCCAGAUGUACAGUUUGAUACUAAUGUGAAUCGAUUUAUUAAAGAAUUUCUUCCAGAAGAUAUGUCUGAGAGUUCAGAAAAUAGUAAUGAUGUGUCUUCAAGAGAGAGUUUUUCAACUUCUGAAAACAGUGAAAAACUAAAACCUAAUGAGGAAACAUCAGAAAUAGCUAAAAGUCGCGUUAAAGCUACAGCAAAACAGCUACUUGAACGUGUAAAGAGAAAACGACAGAUAAUUUCAGAUUCCACUUUAAGAACAGUCAGUGCUGUACUUAAAUUGAAAAAUCCUCCUGAAGGUUAUUUUGGACCAAAACUUCCACCUGAGCUUGAAAAUAAAGCAGUCUUACCACUAAUUGGAAAAAUACCAGCAACAAGAAAAAGUGUUAAAAAAGAUAAUGAAAAACAAGAAGAAAAUGUAACUUCUUCCAAUCAAGACAAAGAUUUUAGUAUUAGUAAACGUAAUCAAACUGAUGGAGAUGAAGAUUAUUAUGCAGAUAUUUCCACUACGCAGCAUUAUGGAGAUGAAAAUGUUUAUGAUAAUAAAUGUCAAAAGAGUAAUGUACAUAGCAAUCAAUCUGAUAUAAUGACAGAUUUGAAAAGUAUUCAGAAUCGAUUACAUCGGGAUGUAUAUGAAUUACAAUAUCCAGUGAAUGAAUGCCUUUAUGAAAUAUAUGAACAAGAAUCUGCUAAUGAUCCUCCUCCACCAGGAGUAGAAACAAUUGAUUUGCAGAGCAUUCCAGUACCUGAUAAUCCAACAACUGUAGGAUUAAGUUCUGAUGAUUCUUCAUUUGGACAAGUUGAUAUGUUUGAAAAUCAAGGAAAAUUGUUAGAAGAAUCAGAAGAUAUGGACAUUGAUGUGGAAUCUGAAGAAGAUAAUUCUCAAUCUGUUCAACCUGAUCCAGAUGAUGGACCACCUGGAACUAAACCCAUAUUACUCCCACUUCCACCACCCAAAGCAGGAAUAUUGCUUCAAGCUGGAAGAGAGUUUUCAUCAGAGCAACCAAAAAAGUCUGUUACUUUUGCAGAUGGUAUUCCUCCAGGUAAAGAACCCUUAAGGGUUGAUGAAAGUGAUUCUCCUUCACCACCGCCACCACCUCCUCCACCUAAAGAGAAAAGACAUCGAGUAAAAGUAAAAUACCUUCCUAGAUUUAUUGAACCGGAAGCAGGAGAUGAAUCACCACCUCCCCCUCCUCCACCACCAAGAUCGCCUCCUCCACCACCACCGCCUCCAAAGAAACCAACAACUGUGACAACAGUGGCAACUGUAUCAUUGACACAAGAACAGACUGACUCAUUUCAGCAACUACAUCAUGCAGCCCAAUUACAUGCACAUCAGCAAUUGGCUACGCAUUAUACCACUGCAACUCAUACAGCUGUUGCUCCCACACUGCAAGGAUAUACAGUGCCUUAUGCUUAUCCAGCUGGUUAUACUAUACCGUAUGCUUCAUCAGCAUUACCAACAGGUUAUACUUAUGCUGCACCAAGUCAUCAGAUGUAUGUCAAUGCUCCAAUGUCUUAUCAGUAUUCAACAGUCACUCCUCAAGCAACAACCCUCCCCCCGCCAUCAUCACAGUGAUCAAGAUUGUCCAUCAGAAAAAUUGUUAAUAAAUUGUAUGCUGGUAUUUAAUUUAUCAGCCAUAAUGACUUCUUCAUUCAAGGUUCCUGUAGCUGCAAUUUUAUGCAGCCUAUUUGAUGAAUGAAUGAAAUUUUUAUUUACUGGGAUGUGUGAGAAUUGUGAUGAGACAAUAUCCAUGUAAUGUGAUUCAUUUCCAUAGUCAAAUAUUAUCACAGUGAAUUCCUGGCUUUGGUUUUGUGUUCAUCAACUGAUAAUCACAUAAAAUGUGUUAUAUAAAAAGGAAAGUUUCUAAAGAACGUCUUCAAAUGUAAGCAUCACUUUUUAAUUUAACAUACACAUGAAUAUAAAUUUGAUAAUAAUUAGAAAUUUUAUCCAAAACAAAUCAAUAAAAAAUUUUAACAAAGUUAAAUUCUCAUUUCUUUUAAAUAUUAAAACAAACCAACUUAUUUGGUUAUACUAAUAAUAGUUUUUGAAAUUCUGCAACAUAUAUGUGAUAAGGAUGACAGAAAAAAUACUUAGAUUGAUUGAUUGCACCUGUUGAAAAAAGAAAUGGUACCUCAAAAUUCAUAAAUGGUCUUGUGUUAUUACAAUACUGUUGCAUAACAUGUUCUUAGUUACAUGUCAGUAUAUCACAGGACAAACAGCGAUAAUUUGAUCUGCUGUGUACAUCUUGUAAGAAGUAGUUUAAUAAGUUUAUGGUGAUGUUUUGUAUAAUUUUGCCAAUAAAAAUUAUAAUUAAGUAA